AAACGACAACAACCACAAUAAUAACCAACAACCAAUAAAAUAAUUACAACAAUUCAACAACACAAGCAACAACAACACGGAUCAAUACCAAAGAUGGAGGCAAAAUUCUUGGCUAGCGCUCUUUCAUUCCUCUCGAUAUUUUUAGCGGUUCAUGCUCAAUCAUUUGCGAGCAUCAUUGAGAACGAUAGCGAUGAAUCAUCGGAGUUUGCAUUGGCAACCACGCCGAUCGUCUACUAUGGCGACGCGAUUGUCAAUAUCGGUGAGCCGUUUUCGAUAACGUGCGUCAUACCGAUAACUGAGCGGAUACACUGGCUAAAGAAUGGGGAGUCGAUAACGCGCCAUAAUUUGCGGCACGGCCACGACGAGCACUCCUAUACACUGUCGGAGAGCGCCAUCGAAGGCGAGAAGCACAAGAUCGAGGCACAUCUGAAGGUGCGGCACGCCCUGAAGGUGCACGAGGGUCGCUAUCAGUGCAACAACAACAAAAAUCAUCGUCGCGACAGUGGCUUUCACAUGCUGCACGUGCACAACAAGCAGCAGCAAUCAGAGACGCCGACGGAGAGCGGUUAUCGAACUAUCGAUGAGCUGACGCCUAGCUCGGCCGAUGAGAUAUUUACGCGCACGUGGCAGGAGCAACAGCAGCCGCAACGGGGCUCGGAGUCGCCGUCCCUAUUCUCCGCCAAGCAGCACAAUCAGCAACAAGGCAAUGCCACAAGUCAUGGCUUUGGCUUUGGCUAUGGCUAUGAGCCGCAGCAGCCGGCGACAACGCGUAGAUACAACGAAUUGAGCACGUGGCAUGCCACAACAACAGGUGACGGCGGCCAGGCGGGUGUUAAUGGCAUUCAUCGCAUUUAUUCAGCCACGCCGCCAGAUUUUCCACCACCCCGCCUGAGUCUGCUGGAGCAUACGGUGGCGCCACCCGAACCACCCACCAUACAGCUGUACAAUCAAACGAUGCCGAUUUAUCGAACGCCUAUCGACACUGCCACAGCGCAUCAUCGAGCGCAGCAUCAUCAGCAACAACAGCAACUAAACAAUUUUCAACUGCCGCUGCCGCCGCAGCCAAUGCAACCUACGCAGCAUCACAAUGAGAAAUAUCAAACAUAUUCACCGCAAUUUGUGCCGCCUGCAGUGGGCGGCGGCGGUGUUGGUGUUACCGUUGCAACAGCGCCCACAGCGCAGACAGCGCUAACAACCAGCUACAGCAACAACAUCGGUUUAAUGCAGCAGCCAAAGACGUUCUUGCCUAUUAAAAAGGGGCCAGAUUCCUUGGUGCCAAAUUAUGACCAUGUGGAGCGUCAACUCAAAUUUUACGAUAUUCGAACGCCGCUUGUGCUCAGCUGCAAUGUGAAAAAUGUGGAGUCCGAUGACCCACUCAUAUGGAAAAAGGGCGGAGUCAAUGUGACGGAUGUCCCCUCACUGAGAGGUCGAUUUAAACUUAUCCAUGCCGAAAGAAAGUUCAUAAUUGACAGAGCGGAAGCUCACGACGAUGGUGACUACAGUUGUGAGUUCAAGGGCGUGUCCAAAGAUAUUCACGUGAUUGCUCGCGUGGUCGUACGAGUGCCUUCAAAUGCUGGUGUUGUAGAGGGUGAGAAAAUGAUGAUCCCCUGCACAGUUCUCGGUAGCAAUCCUAGAUUGUCAUGGAGCUUUGGCAAUUACACAAAUGUCACAAAUAGCACAGAUCGUUAUAUAUUGAAAGCGGAUGAUAAUAAAAUUGAGAAUGCAAUUUUAAUGAUUGAGAACGUGACAUUGGAUGAUAGAGGCGAUUACAAAUGCCAUGGACGCAAUGAGGCCAAUGAUUAUGCCAAUAGCACCGUUGCCACCGAUGUUGUAACCGUUCGUGUUAAGGGCAAAUUUGCUGCCUUGUGGCCUUUCCUUGGCAUUUGUGCUGAGGUUUUGAUACUUUGUUUGAUCAUUCUCAUCUAUGAGAAGAGACGCAAUAAGAGCGAGCUGGAAGAGAGUGAUACUGAUCCACAAGAACAGAAAAAGAAAAGGAGAAAUUAUGAUUAAAAUAAAAAAGUAAUUCCUAAAGACAGCUUAAAGAACACAAAAUAUAAAUAAAUACUCAAAACGAAGAAUAAUUGAGAGCAUCAUAAAAAAAUAUAUCUUUAAAUGAAAAUCUGUUAAAUACAUCCAAGAGAAAUCUCUCCCCCACACCAGAAACUUUAACUUUUCACAAAAUAUUGUAUGAAAGAACAUUUUGUUUAGUCCAAAUGUAUUUUAUUAUAAACAUAUUUAUUAAUGAACAAUUUAAAAGGAAAAAUUCAAGAACUUAACAUUAACAAACGAAAGUGAUAGCAGUUAAAUAAACACUAAAAACAUAAAAAUCGGAACUUAGCCACUUUAAUGGAAUCUAUGGAUAAUGCGGACAGAUCGAAGAUAGAUGAAACCAACACCGAAAACGCAGUACUAUUAAUAAUACUACUACUAUCAAAGAUGUCACACAUACACACACAUACGUAGCACUCUAUCCUCCAUUUUAUUAGGAAAAACAAAAUAAAAUAUUAAACAAAA